GAGCUCCUGUCGUCACGUUCUGUGGCGAAUGUUCACGUAUGUAUGUUUUGAAAUGAUAACACGGGCGUGUGAGCGCUGGUGUCACACAGCCUCUGUGCGAUACGGAGGGAAGUUGCCCCGGGAGGAAAUGGUAACGCGACAGAGCCCAGAAGUCCAAGUUCAAAAUGAGGUCCAGGGAGCCACUCUUGUUGCCGGGUUACUGGCCCCCGUUCUAAAACAAUGCCAGCAGACACAGAGGUGGCCUCCCAAAGUGGAGGCUAUGACGUGGAGUGGUUUGUGGAAACCCCAGACCACGAUCUGAUCUGCACCAUCUGCCAGGGGGUCCUGCGUUGUCCUGUCAGAGCAACAUGCCACCACAUUUUCUGCAAGAAGUGCAUUUUACGGUGGCUGAAAAGACAGGAGACGUGCCCUUGCUGCAGAAAGCCGAUUAACGCCUGCAAGAUCUAUGUCAUGUUCAAACUCAGCAAGUCCAUUGGACACUUGAAGAUAAAGGUAUCUGUGCAAGAACGAGAUCCGUGGCUGCGCGGUCACCUUCCCCCUCUCGGAGCAGUACUGCCACAAAAUGAGCUGCGUGUACGAGCUCAUCCUGUGCCCGUACCAAGGCUGCCACGCUCAGCUCCUGCGCGGCGACCUGGACGCCCACUCGCGGCGCUGCGAGCACUGGCGGGAGCCCUGCCACAUGGGCUGCGGCACCAUCCUGUCCCAGGGCACCCGGGGCCAGCACAACUGCUACAUGGAACUGAAGCAGCGCUACAAGUCCAGGCACAAGGACUACAGCCUCAUGGCCGUGGCCCUGCAGAGGAAGAUGAGGAGGAUGCAGAAGACAAUGACCCACGUGAAGGAGCAGAUCGAGUUGAUAUGCGGGAGCCUGCAGGCGUCGGAGGACGCCAACGAGGCGGAGGCGGACUUGGUCGAGGCGAGCUCCAGUUCUGCCGAGUCGUCAAGCGGCGACGGCACCAGCUGAGAGAAGAGUUGGGGCUGCCGUGUUUGUACAUGUGUUCAUUCUUUGGUGUUGUGUGUUGCCGCAUGCAGGUAUCAUCUCAUUUAAAGGCCUACUGAAACCUACUACUACCCA